AUGCGCGGCGCCGUCGUCGGGUGGUUUUUGUGGGCCGCGCUGCUCCUGCACGCGGAGCGCGACCACGCGCGGCGGCUGCGCGACGGCGUGAACGUGAUCGGCGCGGCGGAAGCGGAGGCCGCCGCGGGGAACGACGCGGUGAUGGAGCGCGAAAGAGUGCAGCGAUUCGCGGCGACGCACGGCGGGCCGCAGCCGAUCGGGGAGGACGACGCCGCGGCGCAGGUGGCCGCGGACCUCGCGGCGGCGGUUCGCGCGCGAACCGUCGCGCAGCAGCAGCAGCAGGUGGCGGACGCGGAAGCGGACGCGGAGGCGGGGACGGUUGACGUUCGUUCGUCUUCUUCUUCCGACGACGACGCGCCGCCGCCGUAUCUCUUCGCCGCCGUCGGCGUGAGCGCGCCGGCGCCGCGGCGGCAGAUGCACGUCAGCGAUGACUUCAGUGACUUCAGCGACCUCCCCGUCGCGGUCACGGAAGGCCCCGGCGCGGGCGCGGUGUGUAACCUCUACCUCGGCGUCGCCCCGCGCGAGGUUGUCGCUCUCGUCGGCGGCGCGCGGUCGUCCGGGAAGGAAGCCGCGUUGCGAUGCGCCGCCGGCGUCGACGCGUUCGGCGGGGACGUCCUCGUCACGUCCGUCGACCAAUCCGCAUCUGCCACGUCACCGCCUGAGAUCGGCGGGCGCAGGGCGAGGAGCUUGCGGAGGAACGGCGUCGUCGCGUUAGAGCGCGGCGCUGUCGGCGUGUGCCUGAAGGACGACGCGCUGUGGGAGCGAUUGAGCGUCCUCGAACAUUUGACGCUGCACGCGACGAUUCACGGGUUGGAUCGCCCGCGCACGGUCGCGUACGCCGCCGCGGAGGCUGUCGGGCUGACGCUCGUGAAGGCUGGGGGAGGGGCGCAGCAGAACGGCACGAGCGGCGGCGGCGACGGGAUAACGGCCGACGGCGAAACGUUUCGGGACGACGGCUUCGCGGACGACGGCGUCGGCGGCGGUGGUGGGAACUGGUUCGCGCGAACCUUCGGGAGGGGGCAAAAAAACGCGAGCGCGGGAGACGCCGCCGCCGCCGCGAUUCUGAACGCGCCCGCGCGCGAGCUCAGCGCGUCGCGGCGGCGGCAGCUCGCCGUCGCGAUCGCCCUCCUCGGAGAUCCGAUGUUUCUUCUCUUGGACGCGCCGACGCGCGCGGUGGACUCGCACGCGAGGCGCGCCAUCUGGGCGCGGAUUCAAAGGCGCGUCCUAGUAUCGCACUAG